AUGUCGUCUUUCUUUCCGAAAUUAAGAAGUUCUCAAGGAAUACUGCCGAUUAAUUGGAAACGAAAUUUCAUAACACGAACACGUUGCAUUACCAUUGGAAAAUCAACUCGUACUAUUGUUCUAAUCCAUCCGUAUUCUAUUCCAAAUAUAUCGUCUUCCAUCAGAAACAAUCAGUUUCGAACUUACUCAACCUCAGAACCCGGUUUAUUCACUUCUAGUGAAAUUGACAGUGACAACAAUAAAAAGAAUGAAACCGGUGCUAUAGAACCCUCCUUAUCAUCAUCAGUACACACAUCUUCUAUUGAAGAAUCACAGCCCCUAAUAUCUCUUGAUAAUGUAAUAGACAAUAAGAGAGGUAGGAAAAUAAAACCUGAAAAGCAGAAAAUAGUUGUUUUAGAUUACAAACAAGCAGGUCUUUUAAAUGAUAAAAACGAUACUGUACAUAAUAAUAGAUACCAUAAUAGUACACGUUUAGAUGAAACGUACCAAAAUAUAUUUUUAUUGAAAGAUUUACCUGACUUGGAACCUUUCAUUCAAACCACAAGUAGGAAACAUAUUAGCAAACAAAGUGCUCUUACUCAAAAAAAUGCAGAAGAUCAUACCAAGAAGGGAUCAGACAAGAAGACUGCAAAGACCACUACCAACAGCAAGUUAAGUACAUUUGAUUUGCAAGAGAUUGAAUCUCAAACUAAUGAUUUAUUAAGAUUUGAAAGUUCGGUAACUUUAUCACAAGUAAUGAAAUCAAUAGAUUCACAAAAACCGUUAACGAAAGUAAUCUCACAUUACGAUUUUUCAGACCUUUACAAUAAAUUAGCAUUAUCGUAUACCUUGCCACAAUUAAGAGCUUACACAAAAUUAAACUAUAAUUAUUCACUGACACAUUUAACCAAGAAGAAAAUCAUUAAUAGAAUAAUUUUAAAAUUUUGGGAUUGUCGAAUAAUAACAACAAAUGAAGACUCAACUGAGCAAAAGGAGGAUAUAUCCCUUAUCAAUCGUCAUAAGCAGAAAAAGAUUACAAAGACAUAUGAGGUUUCAACGAUAGAUUUAAAACAUACAGAAUUAGCAUUGUUAAUCUUCACAGAACGUGGUAAAUUAUUGAAGAAUUUAACUAAGAUGAAUGACGUUACUAUUGCAUUCCCAUUGGAUGAAAAUAAAUUGAUUAUUAAAGCAGUAUCCAGAAAAAUUAUAAAUUAUUUAGAAAUUUCCAUAAGGAAAAUAUUAUCAAAUGUUACUAAUGAAUUCAUUGAUUGUCAUUCUCUCUUCCAAAAAUUGAGUAUUCCUCAGAUUAAUAAUCUGAUUAAUUUAAUUGAAAUUAAUUCAGGGACAGUUUUUGAACAAAUUGAUAAAAAUAAUAAUAAUAAUAAUAAUAAUAAUAGUAAUAAUAGUAAUAAUAGUAAUAAUAAUAUUAAUGAAAUGAUUUUCAAAGUCUCUGCAUUCGGGCAGAAGAGAAUUGAAUUUGCCAAAAGAUUACUGUACUGGGGUACGUAUGAAGAUAAUAAUCUGAUUGAAAAAACAGUAUUAUGCGUACCUCAUUCAAUUCGAGAAACAGAACCAACUUUCAAAAAAUAUUCGUAUAAUGAUAUGGAAUCGUUCAAUUGGAUAGACAAAAAUAAGGAUUGGUAUAGACUACAAACUCCAUAUUCCUUACAUAACAAUAACAAACCUACAGUAUUAAUUCCAAGCAAUCCAAUUAGAAUAGAUGAAGUAAACGAUUUCAAGGACUUUUAUUUUAAUUUUGAUAAAAAGAAAAAUGAAUUACCUCAUACAGCAAAUGACCAUACUUCAAUCAGUAUGACGUUAGGCGUAAUAUUAAAUUCAAAAGACUCAACAAAACCAUGCUUCCAACCAUAUAUUCCUCAACUCAAACAAAAAUUACUGCAUCUUCCCUUAUUUAAUCCAACUGAAACCCAAGAUGAGUUAUACUCCAUUGACAAACAUGAUUAUUAUCUUCAAUUAAAAUUCAUUCCAAUAUCACAUUCUAUAACAGCAGCUUAUCCUAUAGAAUUAUGGUUUGAAUUAGAUGAGUUAGAAAACAUUCAAACAGAAACGCUUCAAGUAAUCACGCCCAGAUUAACAUGGUCAUUCCAAUUGCAAACACCAACAUUAUCACAUGAUUUUGCAAUAAAUUUUGAACAUUAUGAAACGAUGACCAAAGAAAUGGAAAAUAGAAUUCAUGACACAGAUUUGAAUCUGAAUUCAAGAGAUAAUAAAUUGAAUGUACCUAAUGUGAUUAGUUUGAAUGGAACUCAAUACAGAUUUAUUAAUUCCCAGUAUCAUCGUGUUUUAAGAUUAAAAUAUUUGAAUAAAUAUUUAGUACAAAUGUCCGAUAUCGAUUCUGGUACCAUGGGUGGGAAAUUCACAAGAGUAGACUUUAUAUAUGGUGAUAACGACAAUAAUAUUGGUAAUGUUAAUGGAUUUAUUAAUGAUGUAUUGAACUUUUAA